AUGCCACCCAAUGUCAUCCCUCACCCUUGGGGCCUCAUCGGCUGGCCGCUGUCCAAGAAUCUGCCCGCUGCCGCCGCCGCCGCUGGUGCUGGCCUCGCCUAUCUCGAUGCAAAGUACCUCGUGACCUCGGACCUCUGGGCCAUCACCCAGGCCCUCCGCUUCCAGGCCUACCAGACCCGCCUCGAGAAGCAGGAUCGCGUCAACAGCUUCUACGCCUUCCAAGAGCUCGCCGAAUCCCCAAAGACCGCACACAAUGUCUUCUUGGUCGUGCCCCGAGACGAUCAGCGACCCCACGCACGCACCCAAUGGACUUUCGCCGAGGCCUACGACAUCGUUCUUCGGUAUGCCCGCUGGUUGAAAGAGGAGCAAGGAGUCAAGAAGAAUGAGAUCAUCGCAAUGGACAUCAAGAACAAGCCCGAGUUCAUCUGGCUCUGGUUUGCCCUGUGGUCUCUGGGAGCCAUGCCCGCCUUCCUCAAUAGCAACCUCCGCGACAACGCCUUCAUCCACUGCGUCAAGGUCUCCACCACUCGUCUGCUCAUCCUCGAUCCCGAGCUGAGCGACGCCCUUACCGAUGAGGCCAGGACACAGUUUGCCCCGGACCAAAAGGGCCGCGCCGUCGAGACGGUCAUAUUGGAGGCGGAUGUCCAGGCAAGAAUCGAGGCCAUGAGCCCCUACAGAGCUCCGGAUCAGGAGAGAUCCGGUGCUGUAUCCGCCAGUCCUUGCAUGCUGAUCUACACAAGCGGCACCACGGGACUUCCAAAGGCUGCCAAUGUCCCGUGGACGAAACCUCUGUCUGGCGUCUUCUUCUUUCCUCGCAUGUUGCAGCUCAAGGCCACGGAUCGAUAUUAUACAGCAAUGCCACUCUACCAUACUUCAGCCUCGAUCCUCGGAGUGUGUCAGGCGCUUGGGCCAGCCUGUGCCAUUGUCCUCGCACCCAAGUUCUCACCACGCACGCAGAUGCAGCUGGUAGCUGAAACCAAGGCUACCGUCAUACAGUACAUUGGUGAGAUGUGCAGAUACUUGGUGACCAGUCCUCCCUCUCCCUAUGACCGUGCGCACAACGUCCGCUUGGCCUUUGGCAACGGCAUGCGACCCGACGUCUGGCAGAAGUUCAAAGAUCGCUUCAAUAUCCCAGCCAUUUGCGAGUUCUACGGUGCAACCGAGGCCCCGGGCGCCUCUUUUGUCUACAGCAAUAAUGACUUUUACCGGGGUGCCAUUGGUAAGACCGGUCUGAUCAACCGGAUACUGUUCGGCGGAAACCAGGUGCUUGUGAGGCACGAUCAUGAGACAGAUCUUCCUUACCGAAACCCCAAGACCUCAUUCUGUGAGAAGGCACCCACCGAUGAACCCGGAGAGCUCAUCUACUGGCUCGAUCCAGCCAACAUCAGUGAAAAGUUCCAGGGAUACUACGGCAAUGACAAAGCCUCGGCUAGCAAAAUCAUCCGCGAUGUCUUCAAGAAAGGAGAUGCAUACUACAGGAGUGGAGACCUGCAAAAACGCGAUGAUGACGGUCGCGUGUGGUUCGUAGACCGCAUUGGGGACACGUUCAGAUGGAAAGGAGAGAACGUCAGUACUGCUGAAGUCUCGGAAGCAUUGGGCUCUCAUGCUGCUCUCAUGGAAGCAAACGUGUACGGAGUGCAGCUGCCCAAUCACGAUGGCAGAGCAGGUUGCGCUGCCAUCGGACUGACUGAAGGCCAAUCUCUGGAUGGAAACCUGGGUGCCGAGCUCGCUUCACACGUGAAGAGGCGGUUACCUCGCUACGCGGUCCCGCUGUUCCUGAGAAUCAGCAAAGAGCUCGAGGUCACGGGUACGAUGAAGCAUCAAAAGGUUGCAUUGAGAAAUGAAGGUGUGGACCCCAGCAAGGUCGGCGAUGAUGUCCUCUUCUGGAUGCCGCAGGGGUCGGAGAAGUACGUGAGAUUUGACAAAGGUGACUGGGAGAAGAUCAGUUCCGGGAGUGCCAAGCUGUAG